GCACUAUAUCACAUGUGUGGGUCAGCAUGAUUUAUUAUUGAUUGCAGAGUGGUAAUAGGUAAUAAGCGUUAUUGAAAUGUUCGUAGCGAAAGCUGUACGACUUUUAUUUUGAAAGACACCUCCGGAAGUGCCUGGUUUACCGUUGCAUUCCUGGUAACUAGGGAGUAAAAAAAAGUUAACUAUGGGUACGUGUUUGGUAUAACAGUAUUCAGGGUUUAACAGCUGCGAAAUUACAAGCAUUAAAAGCAACCAGAUCGGGGUUCCGUAAUGGCUACUUAUGGACAUAAUUCGUCAAAAAGAAGCCUCGGGGUUCGGGGGGUCUCGGUUCUAAACUUUCGGACGACGGCGAGCCCGGGAUCGGUUCGCCGCAACACCGUGCUGCCGUCGGUGCUGACGUUCCUGGUGAUCGUGGCGUCCGGGAGCCUGCUGCUCAUGAUCGAGAAAGGACUGCUGAAAGGCAUGGAGACACCUCCACCCCGGGGUAGCGGCAAGAGGUUGGAUUUCAUCCAGCAGACAGAGCGACGCGAGCGGGCUGCUGUGGACGUGGAGUCCCAGAUCCUCCAGGAGAUCAGGAACCGCACCAUCAGGACCAUGUGCAGCCAGAAGAACAUGCCCCACGAUUUAUGGUCCCUGGCACCCUCACAGAGGAAGACCUUGCUGCAGCACGUUCUGGUGAACGACAAGUACGGCUUCCUCUACUGCUACGUCCCCAAGGUGGCCUGUUCCAACUGGAAAAGGGUCCUUAAGGUCCUAAACGGGGCGCUGGAGAGCAUGGACGUCAAAGGGAAAAUGGACCACAAACAUGACCUCGUCUUUUUGGCCUCCAUGAAACCAGAGGAGAUUCGUUACCGCCUCAAGCACUACUUCAAGUUCAUGUUUGUGCGAGAUCCCAUGGCACGCCUGCUUUCUGCAUACAGGAAUAAGUUCGGCGAGAUCGAGUCCUUCCAAAAAAAAUACGGCGUUGAGAUCAUCAAGCGUUACAGGAAGGGCCGCCCGCUUGAUAACUCGCUGAUAACCGGAGAUGACGUCACUUUUGCAGAGUUUGUCCAUUACCUCCUGGAUGAGGAUGCGGAGCACAUGAACGAGCACUGGAUGCCAAUGUACAACCUAUGCCAGCCUUGCGCGCUCACCUACGACUUCAUCGGCUCGUACGAACACCUAGAAAUGGAUGCCGAGUUUGUGCUCCAGCAAAUCGGGGCUCCAGCGCACGUGCGCUUUCCAGAGAGACAGUCGUGGUACAAGCCAGUCACCGCAGACACGAUACAGUUUUACCUGUGCAGCCUUCCACAGAAGCUGCUGAGGGAACUCCUGCCAAAGUACAUCCUAGACUUCUCCCUCUUCACGUAUGCUCUCCCAAACAUAAACACUCAGUAUUGCCGGCAUUAAAAGAUUCUUUCUUUUUUUUUUUUUUUAAAUGGCAUUAAUUUGUACUAUAUUGUUUUACUUCACAAGGACUGGACUAGAGAUGUCCCGCGACUGUGACAAAGGAGUAGUUCAACAUGGCUAAAACACGGUUGUGGAUUAUUUUUAACUAAUUUUAAGUCACAGACUCUCCAACCAUUCAAUCAAAUAAAGAAGCAGCUUUUCCAAUAGACCUGAUGAUACACCAUGUUCUGUACACAAUCUGGUCACCAUACCAAUGACCCUACAAACUAUUCCAAUCAAAUUCCAGCUGAGGGUGCAAUUUGCCUUUUUUUUUUACAUAAUUAAACCUUUGAAAAAGAACUGGAAACUUAAACACAAACAUUAAUAGUUCCAUGCUGGUGUUAUCACAGCAUGCGCUCCAUAAUUAAGCGUGUCGCAAAGCACGUUUGCAGUGUCCAAAGCAAAACCCUGGUUGACUCAGCUACUGCCGCCCAUAUAAGUGAACCCGACAGAAGACGUGUAUAGUUAUUAAGAUCCAGGGAGAGCUCCAUGUGCUGCAACAUGAUGAAAGAUCUUUAACACAGAUGCUUUCAUUUGAGAUCAAUCCUUGAAGGUCACAUGUCUGAAAGGAUGACAAGAUACUUUAGGUUUGCUGUGAUUCGAGAAUCCGAGAAACUCAAUGGACGUGCAUCAUCUCUUGGUAUCGCUGGGUUGUAAUCACAAGAAUCUGGUCACCACAAUUUCUCACAUCAGAACACUCACUGCUCCUGGCGUUCUGUUGUCACUCUUGUGUUGCAGUCAUUCGUCUCCGUCCAAAGCUGACUGACUCGACCUUGAUGGUGGGACACCUGCUUCCCGUAGUUGCAGUCACCACUGACAAAACACAGAACAUAUUAAAAGAGUGCAUAACAUUCACAUGUAAUGCUUGUGUAGCUUUGUAGGCUGGCUACAGAAAUAGACGCACUACAAGGGAACAGCAGGAGAGCAAGCAAACAGAGGCAACAAAAAGUACAGGUGACAUUGCUUAACCCUCAAAAAUACUGGGGAAAAAAUUUCAAAAAGACAGAAAAUUGAACUAAGGACAAAGAAAGAUUGGAGGUACAGUGUACACCUGGACUCAACAGAAGUGGGAGAGCUGGAUACACAGUGGCCAGGCUUAGACACUGGUGCAAACCCAUAAUACAAAAGAGUACCUGUGGAACUGCCCAAAAAGAAAAACUUACAGGCCGUAAGAGUUUAUUUAGGGGUGGGCUAUUAAUUACAAGCAGGCUGAGCAGGGGAGCGGAUGUAAUUUUUUUAAAUAUCAAAACUUCAUAGUAUAUAAUUUAAACCAAAAGAACUUCAUUUUCAAAAUAUGAUAAUAAGCUGGAGUGCAUGAACAAGUAAUUGCAUAGCACAUAGCAACAUAACCCGUGUUCUAAUAGUGGCAUCAAGCACGUCCAGAAAAAUCACAUUUCCUUCUGUAAAAGCAGGUAUUUAUUUUUCUACAAAAUAAUGAUAGUUGAUGGUUGCAGAAUUGCACAAGGCACAGUUCCAUUGGACUUAAAUUGUAUGUGCCAAAAGAUAACGUGGAUCAACUUUGGGCUGCGCAGCCAUAUAUCUUUUUACAAAACAAAGAAAAAUACUAAACAUGUUACUUGUAUAAUACACUUAUGUUGUAUUUUGUUAUGUUUUACAGGAGUAGAAUAUGCAGUAGAAUACUUGUUAUUUUUAUAGUUUUUUAAUUUUCAAAUUAAGUUUAUUCAUAAUACCAUAUAACAAUUACAAUAGUAGUGAAUAUCAUCAUUUAAAGAUGUUGGUACGUGAAAGGGUCUCCCAAAUAAGCUAGAAGAAGCUUUUGACAGGGGAUCCAGAGGACAGUAUAAACAUGGAAUGAUGAAACAUGGUAGCAAGCACAACAACAAAAAACAACAACGCUAUAUGAUAAACACAAGAUAAUAGUACUAAAGCAAGCAUGCACAUACAUACAUACAUUCAUUAAACUAUGCAAAACCCAACAGUAGUCUCCCCCACAUGAGGCAUUAACGAUAGGUGGUUAAUAGGUAAGUUUUCAGUUUCUUUUUGAAGUUGGAGAAUGGAUACAGCAUCUUGAGGCUCUCAAUAAGCUGGUUCCAAAUCUUAGGUCCCCUGCAUACAACACUUCGAGCGGUACAAGCCAGUAAACGAUGUUUACCUGAUAUCAGAUCUAAGUUACAAGUGUUGUGGGCAUGCUGGGGAUGGUAGAUAGGAACCAAGCUACAGAGCCUGAGAUUCAACCUGUAAAUGACUUGAUAGGUUAAACAAGCAUUUUGAUAAAUAUUGAACUCUGUCAGUCUAUAAGACUGACAGAGUUUUGUUUGUUUUUCUGGCAUCUUCACUUUGUACUUUUAUGUUACUUUUCAAUUAAACAUAGUCAACUUUUA